AUGCCCCGUUCGGCGCGGGAGCGCCGCUCGCAGAGCCGAGGCCUCGCGGCCCUGGCCUGGCUCUCCCAGCGCUGGGAGGCCUUGGUCGCCUGGUGGCAGGACUCGCGCCCUCCCGGUGAGGUGUUGGAGCUGGUGUACGUGGGAGGCGCUAUGUUACGUGAGAGCUGCGAGCUGAAUUCGGCAGAAGUGGCCGUGGUCCACUGCGGUGAGAGGGUGCUCCUCUUGCAAGAGGUUGGGAGGCGUGCAAGGGUUCGCACCGUGGAUGGCUUCAUUGGAUGGAUUUCGCUGUAUACUGCCGACAAUGUGGCCAUCGCACGCAAAGUUUCACGUGAUGUGCAGCAUAGUUUCAAGGACAGGGGCAGAGCCUCUUUCCGAGAAGAGUUUGAGCAGAAGUGGCGGAGGCUUCGUGUUGAUCCUGGCCCUCCCGAGGGGCGAAUCCAUGCUCUCCGACAGAGUGCCGGAAGAGUGCCCAUCAGCGAGUGGCGGCCAUCAGGGAUGCCCGGUGCGCCGAGCCCGCAGCGCACGCCACCGGUGCCGCGGCUCUCGCCGCCGAGCAGCACCCCACAGAAGGACAACACCCCCGCAGCUGCAUCCAGCUCCGGAGGUGCCACAGUCGUGGCCCGCCCCAUGGAGGAUCUGCUGGACCUGAGUGAGGAGAAGGAGCCGCCCAGUUCGCAGCGCAGCCGCGUCCCGGACCUCGCAGAAGUCCUGUCGGCAGCCGCAGGUUCCAGUCCUCCGACGUACCGCGAGCUCUGUGCCACCGAUGGAGACAGCGAUGCAACAGCAAGCAGCGGCAUCCCGGAAGCGCCACCGUCGCGGGAGCGAUUCGUUUGUGCAGGGCCGGUAUCUGUUUUGGUCAUUCCCCCACACGGGCUUUAA